ACGCAGCACGGCGGGGGCGCGCUGGCGCGCGCUGACGCCGGACGGUGGCCGAGGCGGGCCCCGCGGCGGCAUGGCGGCGGCGGCGAUGGCGGCGGCGCUGCGGGCGUGCGCGGCGGCCGUGGCGCGGCAGGACGCGGCCUGGCGGGCGGCGCUGGCCGCCUGGGCGCCGCUGCUGGGCGCGCUGGGCGGGCUGGCGGCGCAGAUGCGCGCGGCGCGGCGGCUGGCCUGGGGCGGCUCGCCGCUGGGCGCCUUCGGCGGGCUGCGGGCGCGGCUGUGGCGGAAGCAGCGCGGCGCGGCCGAGGCGGCGCUGGAGCAGCUCGGCGGGCGGCGGGCGGAGCUGCGCGCCGUGCGGGACGCCGUGGCGGCCGCCGUGGGCGCCGUGCUGCGGCUCUACGAGGAGCGGGCGGCGGAGCUGGGCCUGGCGGCGGCGCUGCGGCGCGGGCCGCGCUGCCCCUCGCUGGCCGAGGCGCUGGAGGGGCUCCAGGACGUGGAGCGGCACUACCGGCACCUGUACCUGGAGAGCAAGCUGCUGCUGCUGCGGGUCAGCUGCGACAGCCUGGCGGAGAUGGAGGCCCUGCCGCAGUCCUGGGAGAGGAUCCUGGAGCGCUACAAGCCGGACGUCGUCCAAGAUACACUUCUUAAGAUCUCUCUUUUUCUUGACAAUCAGUGAGAGUUGUGUUGCUAACCAGGCUCCUGAGGGAGAACAGCGUACACUGAUGUCGAUCAGCUCCUAUAAGUGUCUGGUAUAUGACUUUUCUGACAUGUCCAUGAAGAGGAGAAUGCGCUGAGUGAGCCUUCCUCGUGCCUUUUGGAAGCUGAGUAAGCUGGAUACUUGGCCUAGGAAAUGCUUGGGCUGUUCCAUUUUCAAAUGGAAAUGGACUUAGUGUCCAAAGAAGACAGCAGGAAGUGAGUUGUCAUCUUCGGCUACAGAAGCUGGCCCUUCUCUUGUGUACCCUGGAUAUUUUGCAUACUGAAAGAAAUGUUGAGAUUCAUUAAGUUGCAAAUGAAUGGUACUGAUUGUGUUUAGAAGGAUCCUGCAAAUAAAUAAAUAAAUAAAUGUAAUGUAGUGUCCUGCACUUUGAUACCAUGUAAAAGAGGUUUUUAAGUACUGUUCUUACAAAUAAAUAAAAGAUGCCAGAUCAGGGCUUAGAAACUU